ACGCCGACUUUUUCUAAGGAUGCACAAAGUUUAUCACAGUUCGGAUUGAAGGUGGUUUCUGUUCAAGAAGGACUUCUAUUUUUUUCGAAAUUAGUAGCUCGUGACACAGAUAAACAGGAGCGAGUAUACAGUAAUUAGGCAAUAAGCUGUUACCUAGCAACGCGCACGCGUAACGUCAUUACAUGACCUUGAGGUAGCUGAGAUAUAGGACGGGAAUCCGCUUCGAUCUUGCAAAGCAGCAUGUGAAGUCUCUAUAAUAUUAACGGGUUAAUUCAUGUAACUCCCAGGCUCAGUUCUCAGUCUGACGAAGCGAUGGCGCAGUUUAACAUUUUGUUGGCUUGUUAGAGAUGUACGUGUAUAGGAUAUGGACCUGAGUGCCUUGAUUCGGGGAAAUUCUUCAGUGGUUACACGAAUCAUGCUUGCCCGUUACAGUAUGACUUAACCUUGCCGUGCAGCAUUUCCCUUCGUUUAUAAUCAUCGUAGACCACAGAUGACUUCUACCAAGGAUUCAACUCCGGCUACCGAAGCCAUAGAACUUAGAGCUCCUCCAGGUACUGAUGCUCAUCGUCAAGAAGAUCCAGGGUCGCCUGCGAUCAAUCCCCUUUUAGAUGACAGCCAUGAAAACAGUAAAGGAGACGACGGGCACUUGAAAAAUGGGAUAGAAAUUAAAGAAAAUGAAAAAGGAAACUUCAAAGAGACUGUGGACGUGAAGAAAAAUGGUUCCAUUGAAUUUAAAGACAUAACAGAGCAUUUUGAAGAGGGCAAAGAAAAGUCCAGCUACAAAAAACGCACGCGGCGAUGUGAUGCGUGUCGCACGAGUUGCUAUAAUUUUUGUAAACCAUGUAUGACGAAGUACCACCCGCCGGUGACAACACGAGCACAGCGCAUGCGCCACGCUCUGAUGUGCCCGCCUCACGGGAAACUCGGGCGGGUCGUCACCUCAAAACUAACGCUGAUUCUGCUGUGGGCUGUCUUGUGGGCGAUCACCAGAGAUGAAGCGCUCCCUGGUGGAAAUUUCUUCGGCCUUAUUGUGCUGUUCUUAGCCUGUAAACUUGGAGGGUUUUUAGUUAGCAAGAUACGACUUCCACCUUUACUAGGCAUGCUGAUAGUCGGUUGUCUCCUCAGGAAUGUCCCGUACAUAGACGUUGCCAAGGACAUUAAGAAAGAAUGGUCGUCUUCAAUAAGAUCCAUAGCCCUUGUGGUCAUCCUCAUCAAGGCGGCCUUGGGUCUGGACCCCAAAGCCUUGCGCCGCCUCUCUCACGUCGUUGCGCGGUUGGCCUUCAUUCCAUGCGCCUUCGAGGCGGUGUCCGGGGCCGUGUCCGGCCACUUUCUGCUGGGGUUUCCCUGGGACUGGAGCUUUAUGCUGGGCUUUGUUAUGUCGGCUGUGUCCCCGGCAGUCGUCGUUCCCUCCAUGUUGCACCUGCAGGAGCAAGGCCUUGGCGUAGAUAAAGGCAUCCCAACUGCUGCCGUGGCUUCGGGGAGCGUGGAAAACGUGGUGGCCAUAAGCGCUUUUGGGGUGGUUUUGGGAAUUGCCUUUUCAAAAGGUGAUUUAGCGUUCUCUAUCAUCCGUGGUCCGCUUGAGGCGCUGACGGGAGUGAUAUAUGGCGUGAUCGGCGGACUCAUGUGUUGGUAUCUGCCCCAUAUCAAACACAGGAGGCAGGUGUCGUUCAGGACGUUUCUGGUAACAAGUGGUGGACUGUUUGCUCUGUUUGGUAGCGGUGCGGCCAAAUUCCCUGGGGCUGGGGCCCUGGGGUGCCUCACCAUGGCAUUCGUGGCGUCCCUGGGGUGGCGGAGACAGGGAUGGACAUCAAGCAAUCCUGUGGCAAAGAGUAUUGGUAAAAUGUGGCUUAUCUUUCAACCUCUGUUAUUUGGUUUGAUUGGAGCUGAGAUAGACAUUACCAAACUCAAUGGCGGAACAGUCGGCAUCGGCAUGGGCGUCCUCGGUAUCGGUCUUGCCGUACGGUUUGUAGGCUGCGUACUAGCCGUAGUCAGGACGGACUUUAACUUCAAGGAGAGGCUUUUCGUACCAAUAGCCUGGCUGCCCAAAGCAACGGUCCAGGCUGCUAUAGGAUCUGUGGCUUUAGACACUGCAAGACGGAAUAACGCAAGUGCAGAGGAAGAGGCAAUGGGGAACACGAUUCUGACCCUAGCUGUUCUUGCCAUACUGGUAACUGCCCCGAUAGGUGCCGCUCUGAUCGCUCUGACUGCUCCUAGGCUGUUACAUCAGAGCCCCAAGGAAGGAGAGGAGGAGGAGGACACCAAGAAAGAAAAAAUUGAAUCUGAUGACAAGAUAGAAGAGAAAGAAGGUGAAGAGGAGGAGGAGGAAGAAGAAGAAACACCAGAAUCCGAGGUAGAAAGUGACGAAGAAGAGGAAGAGGAGGAGCUAGAAAAGGUGGAGCACCUGCUAGAAGAAGCAAUCCACGAAUACGACAUACAUCACCCCCAUCUCCACCCCCACCACGUGCACCACACUGGUGACCACGCCCACCACGAGGAGCAUGUGCAUCACCACCAUCAUCACCACCACCACCAUCACCACCAGGAUGAGGAGCACUACCCAGAUCCUGGUGAUAAGGAAGAUCCAGAGACUGGACAUCAGAAGCCGGUUCCUGAGCCAGAACCUGAAAGUAAAUCCCAAGGUGAAACGUCUCUAAGUGACCCCUCGUCCCAAAGCACAAAGAAGGACGGCGACGACGCACAGACAGCGGAGAGGAAUAGCGCCAAAGUGGAAACUGUCAACGAAAAGGCUCCUCUUCAAAAUGAUGCAGAAAAAGAGGACAAGAACAACGGCAAAGUGAAAGCCUCUGAAACCCAAGACGGAGUGCAAAUCUCCCCAGUCCUUAUAGCUGAUCAAGACGUGAAAGGCUCUGGUGGAUCACAGAGUGCCACAACAGACAAAGAAUUAUGUAACAGCCAGUCGACAUUCUCUUGCUCUUACGACGAGGUAGAACAUAAACGGAAAUGUGCAAGGCUGCGAGAUUGCUGUUACCAGUGUUGCGAACCUUGUAUGACCGAGGCCCACCCGCUGCCACCAAAUCCCACCAGAGGUCAAAGGUUGAAAUAUGCCCUCAUGUGUCCACCCCAUGGGCACACCGGGCGGUAUUUGACCCUUAUUGUUUCUGUACUGCUUCUUUGGGGUGUCCUUUGGGCUAUCACUGGGGAUAACGCCUUACCUGGCGGGAACCUGUUUGGGCUGCUUAUAUUGUUGAUAUGCGCUCAGCUUGGUGGGAACGUGGCAGAAUUGAUCAGGCUUCCUUCUCUGUUAGGUAUGCUGUUGGUGGGUGUGGCACUAAAGAACAUUCCAUAUAUUUCCUUUGCUAGGGAUAUUGACAGGCACUGGUCCGUGGCAAUCAGGUCUAUUGCACUAGCGGUGAUCCUGUUGAAAGCAGCACUGGGCUUGGAUUCCAGGGCCCUGCGUAAGUCUUCAGCCUCGGUCCUCAAGCUUGCCUUUCUCCCGUGCCUGGCCGAGGCGAUCAUCGAAGCUACUGCGGCACACUUUUUACUAGGCUUCCCCUGGGAUUGGAGUUUUAUGCUCGGGUAA